GUAUUUAAAAAGAAAUGAGUGCCUGAGUUGGAUGUAGACGUGAUGAGACGUUAUUUAGAGACAUUGUGUAGAGACAGACUGAGCUCAGACGCUUCAGAGCAAAGAUGAAAUCACUCUUCUUUAUUUUCCUGCUGGUGGUUGGUUGUGGUUUGGCUGUGGGUCUGACAAGAGAAUAUGUUUUCAUUUCAAAUUACUAUAAUUGGCAUGAAGCUGUGUCAUAUUGCAAACAUAACUACAGAGAUCUGGCCACCAUCACCUCUGCAGAGGAAAAUGAGCGAGUUUUUCAAUCAAAAGGCGGUUAUUGUUGCACUUGGAUCGGGCUGACCAUGUUAUACUCAGGCACCUGGACAUGGUCUGAUGGAGAUCCCGCUAUUUUUCGGAACUGGAUUUACGGACCUUAUUUUUCUAAACAGCGUGAUGAAUUGUGUGCUUUCAUAUAUUAUACUGGAACCUGGAGUAAUCAAGUUUGUUGGAACUAUUAUCCUUUUGUUUGCUAUCGGUUCCUGAUCCUGGUGAAGGAGAAGAAGACCUGGGAAGAGGCUCUGGAGGUCUGCAGGACAAAUUACACUGGUCUGGCCACUGUGACUUCUGAGAUGAGCCUGAGGCAGCUGAAUCUAGAGUCAGUGGGGACGGAGACAGAGAGCGUGUGGACCGGUCUGCGCUUCAUGAAUGGACAAUGGUUCUGGGUGAACGGGGAGCCGCUGGGGAGCCUGGUCUCAAUGCCUUCAUGUCCAGCUCAGUCUUACCGCUGUGGAGCUCUCAACACCACAACAAACACCUUGCAGAACCUGAACUGUAAUGAGAAGCUGAACUUCGUCUGCUACUGGAAGUGAUUUUACACAAGUUCACACCUCCUUCAGGAAGAUUAUACUGUAUCACACAAUAUAAUCAUUUAUUAUUAUUUAUUAUUAUUAUUAUUUAUAAUUAUUAUUC